CUACCACAGAUAAUCCUUGCAAGUACUUUAUCUGGGGAUUUUAUACGUAAUCUUCUCCAUGUUCCCCUCCUCCCGAGCUCCGCUAUUCUGGAUUCCUCGCAGUCAGCCACUCUGCAUCAAGCUGCACUUCUUUCUCCAACUCUUUCACCAACCUUGUGCUAGCUCUCUUACCACUAUCAAUCGCUGCUGUUACAGCGUGCUGGUGAAUGCAGGGCAGUGCCCGAAGAUGGAAGUUCAGGGUCAGGGAGCACCGCAAAAUCAGGCCACACAACGACGAGCGCGGCCCCCCAAACGUCACAAGAUUGCCAUCGCAUGUGAUGCUUGUAGAGAGAAGAAGAUUCGAUGUGAUGGGCAGAAACCGACUUGCGGCAAUUGCAAACGAAAGCACAAGGCUGGAGACCGAUGCAAGUACGUCUCGGACUCUUCUCGUGCCUCAGCCGAUAGAGAACAUGUGCGGUACCUGGAGGACCGAAUUCGCAUGCUUGAAAGUGAUCAGGCAAGUCCUUCUAGGAUAGCACAUGCCGUACGCCACAGCGAGCUGGCGGCUCUUCACCGAGCGGAUGAAGUGCCGUCGGUCCCCCCCAUUUCGAACAGGAACCUUGACAUCCUAUCCGCCGAGGCAGAGGCCCAUCCGUCUGACCGGCCAACAUCAACCGUAAGCCCAUUGGGCCCCUUUGACGACCGACUACAGGGGCCAGACGGCCGCCCAUUCCCAGAACAAGACGGACACGUGGCCUGCAGCUCUGUUAGUGCAAUGGGGGCGGCCUCGCAUAUCUCUGACAGCGUGACUGCUGCACAAGAGCUGUUUUACGGGAGCUCAUCCGCGGUGUCUUUUCAACACCAAGUUCGAGAGACCCUUCGGGCGUCCACGGGAGAAUCUGACUUUGUCUACCCAAAACUACCAGCAACCAAGCAGUCUAGAGCUGCAGUCCAUGGAUUAUCCUCAUUCUUGGGCGAGGGACUCAGCUCGAGACUUGAAGCCCUUACUUUACCUCCUCGAGCUCUAGCAGAUCACUUGUUAGACCUAUAUUGGGCUAGAGUACACUGUUUAUAUCCGUUUAUACACAAGCCGAGCUUUCUUGAAAGCUACGAACAAAUCUGGGCUCGCGAUAGUGCAGUCGAUGAUAGGCACGUUUCGACAGAAGCUGUUGGCCUAGGAGGCUCAAACUGCGGACCUGCCACUUUCUCUUGUGCUCUGAACGCUGUGUUUGCCCUUAGCUGCCAAUUUUCAGACCUACCCUCAGCAGAGAGAGAAGCGCUCACAAGUACAUUCUUUCUCCGUGGAAAGUACUUUCUACAUAUCGACAUUUUGGAUGAAGGAGACCUAGCUCUCGUACAGGCCCUUCUGAUCAUGGCGCAGUUUCUUCAAAGUACGCACUAUCCUGACCGAUGCUGGAAUAUGGUUGGACUAGCCUACAGGGUGGCACAAGGAAUUGGGCUCUAUAUUGACGACGGAAACGAAAAUCGCUCUCCUAUUGAAGUAGAGAUGAGGCGGCGUGCAUGGUACGGUUGUAUAAUGCUCGAUACUGUUGUGAGCAUGACUCUUGGAAGACCAUCUAUUACUACUGGACAGUCCGAUAUACCGCUGCCAAUUGCCAGCAAUGACGACUCCCUCAUCUCGCUAUCUGCAUCCUCAGCAGAUAACGUGCCUGUUACUUCCUUCUUCGUGCAGGCUCUAAAAGUUAAUAAAAUCCUUGCCGAGGUCCUCACAGAUGUCUACAAACCCUUAAGUCACUUAGGUGGUCGUAAUAAGAUCGGCCAGCAACCUAGAUUUUGUUUUUUUGAUGUCAUAAUCGAUCUCGACAAUAACCUAUCUCAUUUUGAACGUAACGUGCCUGAGCAACUCUAUUGGGGCUGGCGAGAUCAAGCACACCGGUCGACCGAGAUUGUCACCCGACAACGCAAUGUCCUUCAUGCAAGAUUCGUCCACCUAAAGCUUCUUUUAUAUCGACCUAUAUUAAACCAGUUAUGUGUAGAAUCAAAGCUAGGAGUCGCAGCGAAAGGUUCAAGCGACCGUGAACGGCAGCAUGCGACAAGUAAUAUGUUGUACGGGCAUUUCGCUCAACGCUGCGCAGAAGCUUGCGUAGGAGCUGCAGAAGAGCUGAUAGAUAUCGUUGACCAUGCGUCGCAAACCGCCGCAACUGAUGCUUGGUGGUAUAAUGUAUUCUAUUUAUUUUCAUCUGCGAUGGUGCUUAUUUUGGCCGAGGUCUGCCCUACAGUCCUUGCGUCUAGAGUACCUAGCACCGUUCAAAAGUCAUGGGACCAGUGCCAGAGAGCUUUGGAAAGAAUGGGUUUGCAUAACGAUGCAGCUAAUCAAUGCGCCAAGACGCUGUACAGCAUGCAUCAACAAAUCUAUCCCACCUCGAUUCAUCUUCGGGCAUCGCCCACUCAGAUGACGCAAAAGUCAGAUUUUAACUCUACAGAAGGUAACAUUUCAGAUUACCUGCAGACCAGCCUUUAUGAAACAAGCAACGGCCGAGGCGUGGUAAAUAGCGAGUUCCUCUUUAGCGACCUUCAGCUCCAAGACAUGCUGUCUCAAAAUUCGGGAUUGCAGCCUCCGUGGAACUUGGAUGAUAUUGGCUGGGGAAAUAUUUUUUCUUAAAACCAUUCUUAAGAAUACUACUUUAAGUCCUGUUAGGCUAUACGUUCGUGGAUUGAAAAUCUCCGAAGCAUGCAACAACCCCGGCCACAUGUGAAAGUGCUCACACAGCCUGCAGGUGUAUGCUACACACUCAUCCCAAAAGGCUUCCCAGACCCCACCUCAAUAUAAGUAGGCGGAUGUCUACCCAGGGCGGUAGCCCGUCCCGGGCCCUCAUAAGUACGACACCACCAGUCCCUCGGCGG